CCCCAAUUUGAAUUCAUCUGUCUCACAGUUCUCUUCCCCUGUAAGCUAUGGCAUCUUCUUCUAUUUACCGUUUUGCCAUUCUUCUUCUCUUCUGUUUUAUCACUCCUUUGUUUUCUGCCGUAGUUGAAGAACAGCCUCUGGUUCUAAAGUACCAUAACGGUGUUCUCUUGAAAGGAAACGUUACCGUUAAUCUAAUAUGGUACGGUCAGUUCAGUCCUGCCCAAAGGUCGAUAAUCGUCGAUUUCAUUAACUCUUUGAGCUCUAAAAGAGCUCCGGUGCCUUCCGCUGCUACCUGGUGGCAGACGACUGAGAAGUACCGCGGUGGCUCGUCUACUCUCAAAGUUGGCCAUCAAAUCCUACAUGAACAGUAUACACUGGGCAAAAUCCUUAAGACAUCGCAUUUGCUUGCUUUGGCUUCUAAAACGAACUUCGCUAUGGACUCUAUUAACGUCGUUUUGACGUCGAAGGACGUUGCCGUCGAUAGAUUUUGCAUGAGUAGGUGUGGGACUCACGGGUCGUCCCGCGGGUCAGCUAAGGGAACUUACAUUUGGGUCGGUAACUCGGAAACUCAGUGCCCGGGUCAAUGCGCCUGGCCUUUUCACCAGCCUAUUUAUGGUCCACAAACUCCGCCGUUAGUGGCGCCUAACGGAGACGUUGGAGUUGACGGUAUGAUCAUUAACUUGGCUACUCUUUUGGCCAACACCGUUACCAACCCUUUUAACAGCGGCUAUUACCAAGGCCCACCCACUGCUCCUCUCGAAGCAGCCUCAGCCUGUACUGGUAAAUUCGGAACCGGGUCAUAUCCAGGAUAUCCGGGCCGGGUCUUGGCGGAUAAGGCGACGGGGGCUAGCUUUAACGCACACGGAGUCAAUGGAAGGAAGUAUCUGUUACCAGCCAUGUGGGACCCUCAGACAAAUGCAUGCAAGACGCUCGUUUGAUGGAGAGACGUGGCAUGAAACGCUAAGAGAAUGUACACGUGACCGAUUUCGGUGUACUGUAAUGUAGAUAAAUGAAAGGUGGGGAUAACAUAGCGGGAUGGAAAUAGAGUUUUUCAAUUUUUUUUUUUGUUUAAUAUUUUGUACUGGUAUUGUCCAUAGGCGGAGGACGGGGGGUUUGUCGUGUUGCGUGACGUGUAAAAUAGAUUUUCAAAAAGGAAGGAGGGUAAAAAAGUAAUAAAAAGUAAAUAUUUUAUUAUAUAUAAUAUUGUUAUAAAA